AAAAUUUAUGUACUUAAAUUUGUGUUUGUAUGUGUUUCGGAUCAUUCAAAAAGUCAGCAUUAUAUUUCGUAUUUGAAUUAGAUUUUACAAAUGAAGUUUUUAAUUGAUACGCCAAAAAUUUGUACUCUUUAGUAUUACAUUGACAGUGUAUGUAUGCGACUGGAUAUUGAGAAUCUAGCUUUUUUACGAAAUUUUACAAUUUUUUCUGAUCGAUUGAAGUUUUAAGCAAAAAUAAGUUUAAGAAAUUUAACCAAUUGAAACAAAUCUAACGAAUUUAACCAAUUGAAACAAAUCUAACGAAUUUAACCACUUGAAACAAAUCUAACGAAAACCACUAAAAACAUUCUCCACACGCGCACAAAAAAAGCAGUAAAUAUGGUGAUGCUGAUCAGAAAAAAAAAAAUUUUUUUAUUACUUGUUUUUGCUAUUAUUUGUAUCAUCUAUAUACUUAUAAAUAACUUGAUUGAAUGUAACAAAGUGCGUAGUCAGUAUAAGAAAGUACUUCGUGAUUAUAAUAACAUUUAUCAUGAGUACACAAAUAAUCAUAAUGAAUAUAUAAAAAAAGAUCGCGAAUAUACAAAUGAAGAGCAUAAAGAUAAUUUGGUAUAUGAAAUUAAGAACACAGUAGAACAACAAAAAACCCGCCAAAAAGCAAGCGCAUGCGUGUUACCGAAUCUCAAUCCAUUCAGUUCCGAUAUAUUGCAUUUUAUAAAAACAUAUCAAAUAGAUUGCUUAAAAAAACGUCAUGGAAAAAUUACGAAUGAUGGCUGGUUUAUAUUACAACCAAAUAAUACAACGAUUUCCAAUGUCAUUAUCAAAUAUAUUUACCGAAACACAGAUUAUUUGGUAAAUUUUUCAGACCCUAUAUCAGUUAAAUUCGAAAACGGAAUAUUCAAGCAUAAAUUAGAAGAUGAUUUCAUCCAAGUUGAGUACAAAGUUGAAGGUCUUAAUCAUUCGGAAUUCCAUGCUCACGUAAGUGAUCAUACCCAAAGAAAAUUGAGAGAAAAUGCAUUAAAGAGAACAGAUGUUAAAGGUUUAGGAUUAGACAUUGUUUUUCUAAUGAUAGACUCUCAGUCUAAUGCAAACUUUCAUCGUCAGUUAAACAAAAGUAUGCCACAACUUUUAAAUGAUGAAAAUACUAUCAUCUUGAAUGGACACACUAUAGUUGGUGAUGGUACAACUGCACAGGUUGCUGCAAUUCUAAUAGGUGAACAGGAAAAAGACCUUCCAGAAGCAAGACGCAGUUUUACAUCUAGUGCGUGUGAUAAUUUUAACUUUAUAUUUAAAGAUUUCCACAAAGCAGGCUAUAUUACUAUGCUAAGUGAAGAUUUUCCAGAAAAAGGUGCGUUCCAUUUGCGUCUGAAUGGCUUUGUUAAUAAACCUACAUCAUGGUACCUCCGUCCAUUUUGGUUAGCGCAAACUCCAUCACCUAAAUGCGACGUCGAAUAUAACAACAUACUUCUGAAAACGUUUACAGAAACUUUUGAAGAUAUAUCAAAAUUUUCUUUUGUUAUAAAUUCAGAAAUUGCGCACGAUAAUAUUAAUAAAUUAAAAGUAAUUGACGACGAUAUUUUAGAAGUUAUCAAUUAUUUUAAAAUGCCUGUAAGAAUCAAUCAUACAGUUCUAAUAAUAUUUGGAGAUCAUGGUGAACGAGUGACUGACUUCCGUUUAACUACUCAAGGAAAACUAGAAGAAAGAUUACCUUUUUUUUCAAUCACCUUGCCUGUAAUUUUUAAAGAAAAGUAUCCAAAACUGUUUACAGCUUUGAAAAAAAAUUCGAACGUUUUAACCAGUCACUUUGAUAUUUAUGCAACAUUGCAACAUAUGAUGAGUUAUCCAGAUUUACCAGAAAAAAAGUUUAUCGGACAAAGUUUAUUUACUGAAAUUAACCCCGAACUUCGAACUUGUAAAAAUAGUGGGGUUGCUGAUCAUUGGUGUCCUUGUUUAAAUUAUAAUGAUGUUCCAGUAACAGAUGCAAAAGUUAACUAUGUUGCACAAUCGGUUGUCGAUUUUAUAAAUAAACUACUUAGCAAAAACGAAAAAGCAUCCAGACUCUGUGCAUACCUAACGUUAAAUACGAUUAUAUCCUCUAGUUUAAAAACUCUCAAAAAUGAAGUCAGAGAUUUUCAAAAAACAAAGAGAAACCAUGAGUGUGAUUCAUGUGGAGUAGUUUACUAUUUUUCAAGUGCUGCAAAAAAAUACUAUGAAGUUGUUUUUACUGUAAAUCCUAGUAAUGGAACAUUUGAAGCAAAUGCUGAUGUUUUAUCUGAUAAUAAAAUAAUCGUUGAUGAAAACAUCAGCAGAAUUAAUCGUUAUGGAAACCAACCGUACUGUAUUAUGAAUGAGUUUCCUCAUCUACGUCCCUACUGUUACUGCACGUAACACACUUUGUUAUCUUUAUUCAAAAAUAAUAAUUUGAAAUAAGUAA